AUGGAACAAAUUUUGCUGGCGAUCGCGCGGGAGCUCACCAGUUCGCGACACGCUCAGCUCAAAGCAACUUUGCACGAAGUCUCGGAGUUUCUCAAGCAAAAUGAGGAAAGCAUGAUGCGUGAGCCACCGCAUUUGCUGCGCGUUAAAUGCACAGACGUUUUCAAGAAUACCUUGCGAGUGGGAAACGCGAAGGUUUCCGCAUUGACUUCGCAAGGUUUGCAGAAACUUUUGCGGGAGGACAGAUUCGCAGAUGCCAAAGCUGACCCUCGGAAAGACGAAGAGCUCCUUGGUUUACGACUUCCGUCGCAAAUAAUUUCGUGCAUGUCCGGUGCCAUUGGAGAUCAGCCCUUGGAAGUUCAACGAGAUCUGAUGCGAGUUCUGCUGUGUAUUGCUUGUGACUGCGCGUGGGCUUUCAGCUAUCGAGCGCUUACUGAAGAAUACUCAAUUUGCCUAUCUGCUUUCGCCGGGAAUCGGAAGGACGUUGGAACUGCCAGAAGCCAGGUCCAGACCGCAGCUCAGACAGCAUUUUGUCAGGGAUUGCGGGCAUACGCACAGCAUAUUGAAAAAAACGAGCGAGCUAAAGGAAAGUUGACCCCACUUGUAGGCGAUAAUUGGCGCGACAAAUCAGAAGAGGACGAUCAUUGCGCUCUUCUGGACGUGCUUCCUCUCGUGAAGUUCCUCUCCAUCAAAACAAAGGACUACGCGGAACGCUGGAAGGCAUCCUGGAAACGGAACGACGACCUCGAUUCUGAAAUGAUAUCGAGAGUGGAAGAAGACGAUUCAGCUAGUCCGUGUCCGUACGAUGCGCUCGUUUUCACGUUAGAAGGGCUGAAUGCGUUGCUGUCAGCCAUUCACAAGGAAACAGCCAAGGAGUGUCCCGUAUUCAUUAGUGUACUGUGGCAACAUUGCUGUCCUGCUCUGGUUGGAGCACUUGGGACUCCUGUUGAUGACGCGGGCGUCAGGAAACGCAGCUCGGGCCGCCUAAAUGGGGCAGAUGCUCUGAGUUUCGGGCUUGGAUCCAGCGGUUGGAAUUCAGACGUCGGCAAGUGCAGUUGGAAGCAUGCGAAGAUCGUGUACAGUAUUGCUGGGACUUUGGUGGGAUUGGUGGCUCAGUUCCAAGUUAUGAGGCCAGUGCUGGAAUCGCUGUAUCAUCGGAUGCUAUUUUAUCCCGCUCCAGAACAGCGUGUGGAAGCUGUGAAAGCUUUAAAAGAUUUGGUGAAAAAUCCCGUGUUAUUAUUAAAGUACGCCGGGCCAUUUUUGGUGGAAGAAGACGGUGGCGCUGAGGAUAGAAAUCGCGGAGAUGAGUUGGCUUUAUUGCUCAUGUCCGUUCAUGCGAGUGAUGAGAUGGCAGCUAGAGCCGCGUGCUUUGUGGGACAAGCAGUUGAGCUCGUGACAUCGUUGUUGGGAUCCUUGGAAGCAUUGUGCACAGCGGGGGAAAGCGACCAAUUGGUCAUUCCAGAGGAAUACGUUGUAAAAACGAAUUCGCUGUACCCGACGAUCCUUAGUGCCGACUAUGCAGGUCCUACGACUUACAAAGGGUGGUUGUCGAAGCCCCAAGACAUUGACGGGAUAAUAGAAGACAAAGAAGCGUCAUCCGUGGCUUCGAGCGAUGAUGAAUCCAUGAGCCAAGCUGAUGAUGACGCUGAAGUUGAACGAGACUCACAAGACGAAAGUGACGAUGGUAUUAUGGCUGACGAUGAUCCGCGUAUGUCGAGUCGUUUGCAAGCACUCCGAGGACGACGUGACACUGUGUCGACGCGAGGGCGUCGUCCGUUGGAUUUCUAUCACGACAGCGAGCGGAGAAAUGCUCGGAAGUUUGCCGAUCACUUGAAAAGUCAGGAGGAGUUCAUCGAUGAGGUGCAGUGCAGUGGAGGAGUGUUGGUGUAUCUUUCUUCCACGUGGUUGGCGGAGCUCUAUCAACUAACACUUGCUCGAAACUUUCUUGAAGGAUGUUCUCAUUUGAGCGCUCUGACAUCGUUACUAACCGAUUUGGAUGGCCUUGGGCUGCGAGAUGUGGGUUCUCAAAUGCUGUCGGAUUUUAGAAAACUCAUAAAAAACUCUGGAUAUUUUUUGGGAUCAGCUCCGCCUUCAAAGCAAGCAGGCAUGAAGCUCGCCAGAAGAAUGUUGACUGGUACUUGGAGUUCGGUACUUAGCAUCUUGUCGAGGGGUGUUGGGAGUUCAUUAGAUGACGACGGGACUGACCGCAAGAAACUAAAACCCCGUGAUGUUGUCGGAAAACUGAAAUCCAAUCUGGAGCUGCUUGCAAACCGGAAAUUACCCGUCAACUACGAGAAAACUCUCGUUGAUUCCCUGGAGGGUUUACAGAAAGCCGCCCGUUUAUGUAAUAUAUUAGGCUUUCAAGCCGAAUGUGGCGCUGUGUUCGACUUGCUUGCGACGGCAUCUUGCUCUGCAAAUAUCAACAACAACCGUGGGGUGUUCGCAAAAUUUUGGCGCAAAACUUCGAGGACAAUUCUGGAGAAAGACAAGAAUAGCAAUGACGAUGAAAGCACUCCUAGUGGACUGAGUUCUGCCCAGUUGCUAAGCGUUGAAGUGAUGCUCACGAAAGGACUUGAACUUGGCAGUCAUUGCCCAGACUGCUGGCCGCAUCUGUUUCGAUGCAUCGUACAUGUGAGCGUUUUAGAAACAAAUGUCUUCCAUGCAACCGGCGGAGAUACGAAGUCCGAGGUUUCCGUGGAUGAACUGGACGGUGGACUCGCACUCCCAGCUAUUAGUCUUCCAGUUGAACAUUCCAGAAGGGUUGGAUCUUUAUCGGUUCAAGUUGAACGGUUAUUCAGUGACGCCGCAUCCAAGUUGAACAUGAAGGCGCUUCUUGAGUUCACGACGGCGCUGGUUGUUGCCAGUCGACGCCAGUUGUUUGAAAUACCGCACAAAAGGAAGAAUCAUAAGCUGAACAAAAAUCAAAAGCAGGAAAUCAAUGCCUCUCUGAUGCGAGCUGUUAGUGAUGUUCUUCUGAAGGCUGUCAAAUCCGGUCGUCCUCUUGUUCACAUCAUGAAAGCUUGGAGCAUCGCUGGUCCACACUUGAUGGAGAUUGUGAGCUCAAUUUGCGAAUUCAUCGAGUGCUACGGACCUGAAGUGAGAUCUGGGUGGAGACCACUGUUCGGGGCGUUGCGAGCUGUGAAAUUGUCAAGCGACUUCGAAUCAGCGUCGAAUGGAUCCAUAUCUGGAGUGGACAAGGUUUUAUGCGACGUUUUCUCGGCUUUCUUCGGGGCGGAGAGUCCUCAAGUGGUGGCAAAUGCAAUGCUGGAUGGCAUUUUGUGUCUCAUGAAACACGUCACCCGGGAUAACGAGGGAGAAGGAUUUAAUGCUCUCGAUUGCUUGGACAGAUGUUCGGAACUUUUGACAACGUACCACGGAAUGGCGUCUCCACCAAUUUUCCACUCCGCUCACCGAGUUAAACCGCCGUCAGUCCCGAAGUUCGUGUCAACAGUAGUCGAGUAUCGGGAUGCAGAAAUCUUCCGUCCAGUGAGACCCUCGCGAUCCCGCUGUUGCGAUAACGUUCAAGACGAAAUAAUGGACGUGGACGAAGCCAGUGUGGACGAAUUCGUCCUGGAAGAGGUCGUCGAACAAAACACCACUACAGGAAAGAAAAAGCGGAAGAAAUUCGGUUACUCUCUGGAUUUCUCAUCAUUCGAAGAUGAAGUGCUGAACCGGAGAACAGCAAAGCUUGUCAAUUGCUUUAUGGCGGGUUGUGGUGACGGCGUCACUUUGGAGUCUUUGGACGAUGGAAGUGGAAUUUACUUCAUUUGGUACGCAUUGAUAGAAGGGAUGAUGGGAAGCAUACCACGUUGCACCAAAAAAAAUCAAUCCCGGGUUCUGUUCGCUCUAUUCGAAAUGUUGGAAAAGCUUUACCAAUUACGGGACGACGGAAUCUUCGCGGUUUAUUGCGUGAAUCAUUUGGUUCUGCCGUGGUGUCAGGACUGGCUUCGACGCCAUUCUCCGCCGGUCAUUCCUCCUCCGCCAUCUCCGAACACCAUUGACAUUAAUAAAUCGACAAUUGAAGUCGGCGAUCAUUCAUUUGAGCCCAAAGAAUCAUCAGAGGCUGACUUUCUUGCGAUGUUCAAGCAGUGCGUUGGCUUGAUGACCGAUCUGGUGUCUACUUACGUGAGGAAAUCUUCAGAUGAUUCGAAGUCCCUCGAGGUUCUGGUGAACCAGACGCUGGUUAUCCUGGUAGAACUGUGUAAUCACCCGAAGGAAAGUGUGGCCCGAAUCGGUUGUGCUUGCUUCCGUCACCUCACGGACACCGCUGGCCCUUUUCUGACGCGACGGGAAUGGGAAUUGGUAGCUGCUGCGUUAUUCCGGGCCCUGGCCCUUACCGUUCGCCCCCUGGCGACAAUGAUUGACGCUUUCAAACCGGGCUCCACAUCUUUCUACGGCGACGUGGGGCAAAUUAAGGUUAUGGCUCGCAAGGACUUGUCAACCUGCGAAAACACACAGUUGCGACGCCUUACUACACAGGUAUUUUUGCUGGAAAGCCAACUAAUUCAGGAGGACGUGCAGGAUCUGUGGAAAUCCUCUGGAAAGGCGACAUGGGCUAGACCAACUCCAGUCCAACUUGACGAUGGGUCGGAAAGUGAGGAACGGUCGUACGUUUUCCUAUUGUGUCCUCCGUGUAACUCGACUUGCUGUCGAGAAAAGGGGUCGAUAGAUAAUAUGGACGAAGUUUUGGGCAUGGUGCGAGUGCCUUUUUCUCACUUGGUUGUCGGACUUGUUGCUCACCAGUUGUUGCUUCAAAAUGUGGCCAAAUUGCUGCUAUCUGGCUCUGAGCGGAUUGUUCAUAGCCUUGCCAAAACUUGUCUGGCCGACAUAUCUGAAAUUAGGCGGAACCCAGGAGAAAGCAGAUCCCGUUAUUUGGAGUUCCUCGCCGAGCCAGAAAUUAAUGUUCUCAUGGAAGCUUUGAGGUGCUCCCAAGCAAUCUCCAUGGCUUUUGAUGAUCGUCCGGGUCUCAAAUUUCUUCUUCAAAAAGUCGGAGGGUUACGCGUUGCAAGCAAUUUGUAUCGUCAAUCAGGAGCAGCCUGGACAGUGAGAUUUUCGGUUGCAAUCGAACGUUUUCUAUCGGCGAUCGCCACCGAUGCUGGCGUUGAAAAUUCAUUCAUAAUCGCUGGUGGAGUCCGUGCAGCCCUCGGUUCAGAUUUGAAAAAAAAGAACACCAUUGUUUCUGAACAAAUCGAAAGCGAUGCAAAGACCCCGGAAGCACCUUCAAACUGCUUGCCAGAAUCAAUCCUUCGCGCAGUUUUCGAUGUUAGAGACUCGUUCCGCUGUGCUGUUGAAGCGUAUAUUGACAUCGUCGAGGAGGAUUGCAAUGAACCGGAACGACCAGGUGGCGGUCAAGGAAUAUUUUUCCUGGUUUCUCGUCCCGACGAUUUGCCUGUGUUGGCCACCUUGUCGAAGUCGCGAAAAAGUGAUGAAGCUUCCGCUGUGACGCCUGAAAACGUCGAUAGUCCUCAAGAAUCAGGUCCCGAAAUACAACCCGAGGCAGGGCCAGUUUUCGACAAUGAAAAAACUCAGAUUGAGGAGAAAGUUUACGAUGUCGUCACCUCUGAGGAUAUAGAAAAUUUGAGACGAACGUAUGCGAAAAGGAAAAUGGCGUGGAGUUUCCGUCAGCAACCCGACGUGAAUAAUCGAUCGAAAAAAGGAGAAAAGUUGUCUCCUGCGUCUGACGAGCAUCGGGUUUCCAGUGAUGUUAAAGAAGAACGUGAAUCGUCAAUUCUAAAGGACAAGGAUGCAAAAUUGAGCGUUUGGAGCGAAAUGCUGACCUCGGCUUUUGACCUGCUUCAGCAGACAUCUGAUGAUCAGUUCCGUUCCUUGUUACCGUGCGUAUUCCCGUCAGUCCUAGCUUUAGUAUCGCAUGCGGUUGAUUUGCCAUUUCGACAAACAGUGGCAGAUUUCCUUCAGAGAGUUUCCAACGUUUACGGUUUCUCGCCGGAUGCGUGAGAACAAAUCGAUCGUUGUCAAAUCAUUGUUGCGGACCUUGGAAUUUUCGGUAGAUGAUAUUGACAAUUAUUUUUUCUCGUGUGAAUCAAUCGUGAUUUUUCCUUGAAGUCCAAUCGCUUCAAUCGCAGUUGAAACCAAGGAUUCCUGUUCUUCUUUCGGUGAAAAUCUGAAUCGAACGAAGCAUUUCCAUGUUGUUGCCCGCAUUGAUUGGGUUGCAAUUCAAUCUCCAUACGAAGAAUCGAACUCUAGUCUGCAUAAACUAGUCAAGAAUGCCUUCCUUCGAAAAUAUGUUUGUGAGAUGAAUCUAGUCUUGGGGUGAAAAAAGGAAUAUAUUCUAGUCGGCGUGAUGUUUUGAUUGGCUUGUGUAUCGUUUAUCCGAUUCGUUCCAUGACUUAUUCUAUGUUGGUGUUGGGAGAGUUGUGAACUUGCUAUUUAUUUUCAAGGAUGUCGGUGAAGACAUCAGCUGAGCUUUUUUUUUUUUUAUCUACGCUGGAUGCCAGGAAAAUGUCAUGUUUCUUCUGUAAAAAAAUUAUUUUCAUGAGGGCUUAUUUUUGUUGAGGAUAUGCGCGUGUCACGAUACUGAUACUGUAUUUGAAAUUCGCCACUCCGUCUGAUCCGAUGUACAUCGCGUUGUUUCGAAGUAAUCCUGACAUCUGUCAAUUCAAAAUUCAUGUAUGAAAUUAUCUCUUUGGCAAUAUCAAUAUACAUUGUCGCGUUACCGCGUUCUCUUGAAAAAAUAUCUUAGAAAAUUUUGUCAGGUAACAUCGAUAAUAAACAAAAGUAAGAUGUUGAAAGAGGUGAUGUCAAAUGCUUCCCGAUAGCCGAACAAUUAUCUCUUAUGUGUUUUGAAUGGAACUUCGCUGCGUGGAGAAUUGAUUGUAGCGUCUGAAAAUCUUUAACGCGAGUCGUUCGAUACUACAGUAAGCUUUUAAAUUUGGAAAAUUUACGAAACCUGGCUUAUCUGGAAUUCCGAAUGGCAACAUAUGUUUUCCGGCUUGCAGCAGACUUGCGGAUUCGUGUUUCAUACUAAACAAAUGAAAUAGUUACCCUUACUUCAAAAAUCUGAAAAGCACAAAUUUUUUUGAAGCUUGGUUUUCCAGUGUAUAUGCUAACGUGUGUCCCCUAGCUCUCAACUUGACAUUUUCAAUGUCGCUGAUAUUUUUUGGCCGUGAUUCAAUUAUUUAAAUUUAUUUGCUUGAGGAACACGCAGUUUUCUCUAGUCAGUCGAAAGCAACGGAAAAUCUUGGAAGUCAAGUGCUUGUUAAGCAAUGCUUUUGUCGGGCAGUUUUCUAGAAAUUACGGGGUAUCUUUUCGUCAAGCGUAUGUGAUGCAUUCCCAGAUUUAUUUCUUUUCUCGAAAUACAGAGCUUCUAAGGUUGAUGUGGACAUCGGGGUGAAAAA